AUGUCAAGCCUCGGGGAAGCUAAAGAUUUCAAUUUAUCUAUCGAAGAUCAAUUGAACGCGAGGCGUGGCUAUACAGCUGCUGUUAACAGUCCCAAGGUAUCCAGGAGGUCGAAGCGUAAUGCGUUAGACCUUCUCAACGGUGAGCUUGACGGGGACACACCUCGACAUUACCUUGAUGAGGCUCCUCCAGACCAGAGUAACCCGAGUGGUCUAGGUGAUCUGGAAAGGUGA